UUAAAAUCAGAAUCUGAAAUCCACAACGGGAAGAAGCAGCAGCAGUAGCAGCGUCAAUUGAAUUUUGGAACUGGAGGGAUUUGUUUAGUAACUUUCACCAUGAGCAGCACCAAAUCCAGAAACUUCCGCCGCCGAGGCGACGAUGACGACGACAACAAUGACACUGUCACCAACCACGCUUCCGCUCCCGCCGUCUCCCGCAAGCCUUCCGCUUCUUCGAAACCCAAGAAGCUCCUUAGCUUCGCGGACGAUGAAGACGAUGAUACCCCAUCUUCCCGUAUCUCCUCCAAAUCUUCGGCUCCUCGCAAACCUUCUUCUUCGCGGAUUACCAAAGGCAGCUCCUCUCACAAGCUGACCGCCUCCAAGGACCGCCUACUUCCUACCCCAUCCUCUACCACUUCCAAUGUGCUUCCCCAAGCUGGAACUUACACCAAAGAAGCCCUUCUCGAGCUCCAGAAGAACACCCGCACCCUAGCUAAACCCUCUUCCUCUGCCUCCAAGGCUCCUCCUUCUGAGCCCAAAAUCAUUCUCAAGGGUCUCCUCAAACCCACUCAUGAAGAACCUUCUGCGCAAACCCUAAAACCUACCCAGCAGUUAGAUUCUGAGGAAGAAGACCAACAGCAUGAAGACAGGAAUGACGCAGAAAAUCGAUUGGCAUCACUCGGGUUGGGAAAAUCCAAGGAUUAUUCGUUGAUUCCUGAUGAAGAGACUAUCAAGAAGAUCAGGGCUAAAAGGGAACGCUUGAGGCAGUCGAGGGCCGCUGCUUCUGAUUAUAUCUCCUUGGAUGGAGGCUCUAAUCAUGGAGCGGCAGAAGGUUUGAGCGAUGAGGAACCUGAGUUUAGGACUCGAAUUGCCUUGAUUGGAAAGAAAGAGAGCAGCGGCAGUCUUGGUGUUUUUGAUGAUUUCAACAAUGGGGAUGAUAGUAAUGAUCAUGUCAAAGCAAUGAUCAGUGCUGCUGCUGCUGUUAGAUAUCCCACUAGUCGUGUUAAGAUAGAGGAGGGUAUUGCUGGUGUUGAUGAUGAGGAUGAAGAGGACAAGAUUUGGGAGGAAGAGCAAUUUAGGAAGGGUUUAGGAAAGAGGAUGGAUGAUGGUUCAGGAACUAGCAAGGCUUUUACUAGUACUACCGCUACUGUAAUGCAUAAUCAGCAGCACCAACAGCUGCAGCAAAGGCCGACGUAUGGUUCAGUUCCAAGCAUUGGAGGGGCAUUUGGUGCAUCUCAAGGUUUGGAUAACUUGUCCAUACCACAACAGGCUGAGAUUGCUAGGAAAGCCUUGCAGGACAAUGUCAGGAGGCUUAAGGAAUCUCACAGAAGAACAGUUUCAUUGCUGACAAAUACUGAUGAGAACUUAUCUGCGUCCUUGAUGAAUAUCACUGCACUUGAAAAAUCUCUAUCUGCUGCUGGUGAGAAGUUCAUCUUUAUGCAAAAGCUUCGUGACUUUGUUUCUGUUAUAUGUGAAUUCCUGCAGCAUAAAGCUCCUUACAUUGAGGAACUGGAAGAGCAGAUGCAAAAGCUUCAUGAACGACGUGCAUCUGCUAUUUUAGAAAGAAGAACUGCUGAUAAUGAUGAUGAACUAAUGGAGGUGGAAGCAGCUGUAAAGGCAGCAAUGUUGGUUUUUGGUGAACGUGGGAGCAGUUCAGCAGUUAUUACUGCUGCCUCAAGUGCUGCCCAAGCUGCAUCACUGACCAUGAAAGAACAAAACAACCUACCAGUGAAGUUAGAUGAAUUUGGUAGAGAUAUUAACCAGCAGAAACGUAUGGAUAUGAAGAGGAGGGCUGAGGCCCGUCAGCGUAGGAAAGUUCAGUUUGACGUAAAGAGAUUGUCUUCUAUGGAGGUUGAUGUUUCUGACCAGAAAAUAGAGGGAGAAUCUAGCAUGGAUCAGAGUGACAGUGAAAGUGCUGCUUACGAGUCAAACCGUGAUUUGUUGCUCCAAACUGCUGAUCAAAUUUUUGGUGAUGCUUCUGAAGAUUAUUCUCAACUUUCAGUGGUGAAAGAAAGAUUUGAAAGAUGGAAGAAAGAAUAUUCAACAAGCUACCGAGAUGCUUACAUGUCACUGAGUGCACCUGCCAUCUUCUCGCCAUACGUGAGAUUAGAACUUCUAAAAUGGGACCCUCUUCAUCAGGAUGCUGACUUUUUUGAUAUGAAAUGGCAUUCCUUGCUAUUUAAUUAUGGUUUACCAGAAGAUGGAAGUGAUCUCAGUCCUGAUGAUGCUGAUGGUAACCUCAUUCCAGAACUUGUAGAAAAGGUUGCAAUUCCUAUUCUGCAUCAUGAAAUUGCCCAUUGUUGGGACAUGCUCAGCACACGAGAAACUAAAAAUGCUGUUUCUGCCACGAGCUUGGUAACAACUUAUGUUCCAACUUCAAGUGAGGCAUUAGCGGAGCUAUUGGUUGCUAUUCGCACACGUCUAGCUGAUGCUGUUGCUCAUAUCAUGGUUCCAACAUGGAGCCCGCUUGUGCUGAAGGCAGUGCCAGGUGCUGCACGAGUUGCAGCAUAUCGUUUUGGGAUGUCAGUUCGUUUGAUGAAAAAUAUCUGCUUGUGGAAAGAUAUCCUUGCAUUGCCAGUUCUGGAGAAGCUUGCCCUUGAUGAGCUUUUAUGCGGGAAGGUUCUACCUCAUGUUCGAAGCAUUGCAUCUAAUGUUCAUGAUGCAGUCACAAGAACCGAAAGGAUCAUUGCUUCUUUAUCUGGUGUGUGGGCAGGUCCCAGUGUCACCAGGGACCCCAGCCAUAAGUUGCGAGCUUUGGUGGAUUAUGUAAUGUCAUUAGGAAGAGCACUGGAGAAGAAGCAUAUAUCAGGCGUGACUGAAUCUGAGACCAAUGGACUGGCACGUCGAUUGAAGAAGAUGCUGGUUGAGCUUAAUGAUUAUGACAAUGCCAGGGACAUAGCUAGAACAUUCAGUCUGAGGGAGGCUUUAUGAAACGGAUGUGAUUGAGGUAGACUGAUGAACUCGCCAUGUGUUAUAAAGCUUGCUGGCAAACGCCAUAUUGCACGGACCCUGUAUAUACUGGAUCUUCAAUCUGAAGGAGGUAUUUUGACCUUUGAUAGGAUCCUAGCUGGGUGAACUUAAAAGGAAGCAUCAGUUUCUCUAUUGUGCAUAUUCUGCCUGGAGGACCUGUGGUUAAAGAAAGGGGAGUGAAUUCCCCAAGUUCUCUUGAAAUGUGAUGUCCAUUCAGAAUGCUGUUUGUAUUGAGUGGUUUGGCUGUUAAAAUAGGCCUCACAUUGUAAGCGGAGGUUCUCAAUCAAUUUUCUGAGUAAACUUGUAAAUGUUUUGCCAGGCAACGUGUUAUUUAUAUAAUAUUUUUUAAUGAUCGCAAGAA